GGCUUUUCUUCAUUGCAAGCUACAUUAUGUUAUAAUUCUUUUAAUGUUUUAUCACAUCAAUGCAAUUAGGGGAGAGCGGUACUAAGCAACGUGCAUUAUGACACCCCUAUCGUUCAGUGCAAAAAUGUAUUGUAUUGACUCUCCCUCGUCUACAAGAGAUCACAUCACGUGCUCCAACUAAAUUAAUCGGCGGACGCAUUCACACCCGCGGCGUCUGCGGCUCGAGACAAACCGCUGUCUCCGUUACUCCACCGAUUCAUCUCGGCCGUCCAUUCUGUGAGGCGGAGGACAGACAUCUGUGGUGUGUUGGACACGUCUCGCGGACGUACCGCCGCCCCUUGGUACUUCGCCGAGGGCAAACAAAACGGGGGCACACGCACCCGCUGGUAUUCGGACAGUGGGUCCCGCGUAAGGGCGGUGGGGGCCCAGCUCCGUGAUCCGAGUUGCACGGCGCGGAAGUGGUCGAUGCGAACAGAUGGUGGGCAUCGCUCGACGGCGCCGAAUUGUCCUCGAUUGCCCCGCUCCACCGUCCAAAUCUUGCAAUCAACCCAUAUAUAAACCCCUUCCCCCUCUCUUUUAACUCGGCCUCAGCCUCUGCCUCAGCCUCGCUUCUUGGAUCAGAGUCAUCGUACAAUCGGGCAGAGCAAAUAGAAGCCACUGCAAUUAACAAAAGAGUCAAGAGAAAGAGCACUUCACCCAUGGCGACGAGGGAGAAGCCGGCAGCCGGCGAUGAAGGAGGAGGAAAGGAGACGCAUUUCCGGGGGGUGAGGAAGCGGCCGUGGGGAAGGUACGCGGCGGAGAUACGGGACCCGGGGAAGAAGAGCCGGGUCUGGCUUGGAACCUAUGACACGGCCGAGGAGGCAGCGCGGGCAUACGACGCCGCUGCUCGCCAGUUCCGCGGAUCCAAGGCCAGGACUAACUUCCCCCGCCCGGACGCCUGCCCGUGCCCCGGGCCCGCCAGCGUCAUCGUCGCCCCCUCCGAAGAAGCUGGCGGCGGCGGCGGCGGCAGCCCCAGUAGCCAGAGCAGCACGGUGGAGUCCUCCAGCCGCGAGGCAGCUGUACCGCCCCUCGCGAUCCCGCUCCCGCCCUCGCUCGACCUCGAUAUCCUCCGCCGCAGCGGCAUCAGCGGCUGCGCUCGGUUCCCCUUCCAGCCGUACCCGGCUGUCGCCACCCCCGCCAUGCAGCCGGGACACCGGUACUUUCUCUUCGACACGAUCGUCAGAUCGGAGAAAGCAGCGGCAGCUGCGGCGAUAAGCCGCCACCACCUCCUCACGCUGUACCCGCCCACGAUCGUCGCCGAUCUGAACUCUGCGAUAGCCAGCGGCGUCCAGAGCGACUCCGACUCCUCGAUGGUCAAUCUCCACCGCAACCACCGCUCUUCGCCGCCGCACAGGAUGCUACCCCUGGAUCUCGACCUCAACCUUCCCCCUCCGCCCGAGAUCACGUGAUCCGCCCACCACCGUUCCCCCCCCACCCCCCCUCAAACAACAAUAUCCCACUACCCGUCUCAUUCCCCGCCUUGAAAUACUUCUCUCGUAUCAAGCCCAAAAAGGAACAACUUAGUAUUCCGUUUUUCUUAUUUCUUUACUUUUCACUUAGAGAGAGAAAGAGACCGAAAAAUAUUGUAAAUAUUUAGUUCUUUUUUCCUUUUUUUUUCCACAGAAAAGGAAACCCGUAGUACCAU